AUGUGGUUACUUGGCUGCGCAUUUGCCGUGGCGGUGGUAGUCACAGCUGGCAGCUUCGACGGUUUCAAAGAGGUUGGGAUGUAUCAAAUGAUCUAUAUAAGAUGUGGAAAACCGCUCAUGCUCAAAAUAUACAACAGCCGAACAGUGAAUGCGCUGCUCAAUCUCCCGCACAUGCAUCUGAUAGAUGACGUGUUCAUCAGAAAUGGGAAAUUGACUGCCUUCGCGGUUAGUCUUAAGCUUCGCGUUUGGGAAAAAUACUUCAGUCAAAUUUCGUUAAAACUCAAAAACCUACUGAUACAGGACGCGCAGGUUUUGUGUGGUGAAAACUGA